AUGGCGCUGCAAAACAUUGGUGCUUCAAACAGGGAUGAUGCCUUCUACAGGUACAAGAUGCCCAGAAUGAUCACCAAGAUAGAAGGUCGUGGUAAUGGUAUCAAGACAAAUAUUGUAAACAUGGCUGACAUAGCAAAAGCACUUGCCAGGCCAGCUUCCUACACAACCAAGUACUUUGGAUGUGAGCUUGGUGCACAGUCCAAAUUUGAUGAGAAGACAGGGAUUUCCUUGGUUAAUGGGGCUCAUGAUACUGCAAAGCUGGCUGGUCUCCUUGAGGUAUUCAUCAAGAAGUAUGUCCAGUGUUAUGGAUGUGGGAAUCCUGAGACUGAAAUUCUCAUCUCAAAGACACAGAUGAUAUCACUGAAAUGUGCAGCCUGUGGGUUUGUCUCGGAUGUUGACAUGAGGGACAAGCUCACAACCUUCAUCCUGAAAAACCCACCAGAACAGAAGAAGGGAGGAAAAGACAAGAAGGCCAUGAGGAGAGCUGAGAAGGAACGCCUGAAGGAAGGUGAGGCUGCUGAUGAGGAGCAGAAGAAACUGAAGAAGGAUGCAAAGAAGAAGGGUGGUGCAUCUUCCAAGGAGUCCACUGCCAAGGGUUCGAAGAAGAAGGCUACUGCUGCUGGCUCUGAUGAGGACCACUCAACCUCUCCAACUCGCAGCCGUGAUGGUGACCAUGCAGCUGCAGAUGAGGAAGAGGAUGAUGAUGAUGUCCAGUGGCAGACUGACACUUCUAUCGAGGCUGCGAAGCAGCGCAUGCAGGAGCAGCUGAGUGCAGCAACUGCUGAAAUGGUGAUGCUGUCCACUGAGGAGACUGAGAAGAAGAAAAAACAGGCAACCCACAGAGAUGGCACUGCUAAUGGUUCAGCAAAAGAAAUACCUGAUGAGAAACCUGCUGUCACUAAGCCUAGUCCCUAUGAAGAACUGGUUGGAAACAUCAAGGCUAGCCUGGGAAGUGCUCCUACCCCUACCCAGCUGAAGGCUGUGCUGGCCUCCUCAACCCUUCCUCCCCAGGAUGUGAUGAAUGCUCUCCUCGAGUCUCUCUUUGAUGGUGUGGGCAAGGGAUUCGCGAAGGAGGUUGUGAAGAACAAGAAGUACCUUGCUGUUGCUGUUCCAGAUGAGGGUGCCCAGACACUGCUGGUUCAGGCCAUUGAGGCUUUUGGCGGCAAGUGCAGCCCUGAGGCACUGAAGGAGGUCCCAGUCGUCCUGAAAGCCCUGUACGAUGGAGAUAUCCUGGAGGAAGAAACCAUCGUGGACUGGUACAAUGCUGCUGUUGCAGCUGGAAAGGACUCCCAGGUCGUCAAGAACGCCGAGCCCUUCGUUGAGUGGCUCCAGAGCGCCGAGUCUGAGGAAGAGGACGAUGAGUGA